UAUUAAAUCUCCUGCCUUCUUAUUCAUUCUCAGAUUUUUUUUCUUUCUUUUCAAAUUCCUAACAUCCCGCUCAUUCUCACACUUUCUCUCUCUAUAUCUUCAAGCUUUCCAUCUUGGUCUAUGGAGGACUUGGGGCUUGGAAGAAGAGAGUUUCAGAUUUGAGAAGCAAGAUACAAAUUUGAAGCUUACUUUUCCUAGCCAGAAAAGAUGAAAAGGGGGAGCUUGCUAAAUACUAAGGCUAGAGAAUUUCCGGGUAGAAUAACACGUUCUCGAACAGCGGCCUUAGUAGUAUCAGGACAGCUGCCCCCUUCGAAAGCACCUAUUAAACAGAACAAGAAGAGGGCUUCGCCGAUAAAUCUAAAUAUGGCUACUAAUGAUGAGAAUAACAACAAUCCUGAUAAUCCUCGUCCUCAAUGUAAGAAGAAGAAGAUGGUGCUUCAGGAUGUGACUAAUGUUUGUUGUAAUCCAAAUUACUUCAACAAAACUAAAAUAAUUCAGGCUAAGAACGGAAAGCCUGCUAAAAAGGAUCAGGCUAAGGUGAACAAAGUGACCCCUACAGUUUCCACUGAACUCCUUUCUUUAAGAGCUGAUUUGAAAAACAACACAGAAUUUAAAACUGAAGGGGCUGUGUCUUCAGAAAGAUUGAAAGAGAACAUGCCUCAUUGGUUAACUAGCUCAAAUGGGUUUGGCAAACAUGAGGACCUGUUUGGAAGUCAAACAUCUGAACUUACUUCAGAACUUGAAAGUCCUUCAAAGGAAGAUGUUAAGGAUGAGAAAACUUAUUCUUUUGGGAACAUCAUUACAUCAAUAAAUCCAGACAUUGUUGAUGUUGAUGCAAAUAACAAUGACCCUCAAUUGUGUUGCAUCUAUGCUCCUGAUAUCUAUGACAAUUUUCGUAUUUCAGAGCUUUCCCGGAGGCCAUGUUCUAAUUUUAUGGAAACAACACAGCAAGAUAUCACCCGAUGUAUGCGGGGUAUCUUGGUUGAUUGGCUUGUGGAGGUAUCAGUAGAAUAUAAAUUGGUGCCAGAUACACUUUACCUCACAGUAUAUCUGAUUGAUCGAUAUCUCUCCGAAAACUACAUAGAGAGACACAGGCUUCAACUUAUUGGCAUCACUUGCAUGCUAAUAUCCUCGAAGUAUGAAGAAAUUUGUGCACCGCGUGUAGAAGAUUUUUGCUUUAUCACAGACAACACCUAUACGAGAGAGGAGGUCUUGGAAAUGGAAAUUCAAGUGUUGAAGUAUUUCAAUUUUCAACUGUAUGCACCCACAGCAACUACUUUCCUCAGGAGAUUUCUUCGAGCAGCUCAAGCUUCGUAUAAGAAUCCUAGUCUUGAACUGGAGUACUUGGCCAAUUAUUUAACAGAACUAACAUUGAUCGACUAUGGCUUCUUAAGUUUCCUUCCUUCUGUCAUUGCUGCAUCAGCCAUAUUUCUCUCCCGAUGGACAUUAGAUCAGAGUAGCCAUCCAUGGAAUCCAACGCUAGAAUACUACACCUCUUACAAGGCAUCAGAUUUGAAAACAGCCGUUGUUGCUUUACAAUCAUUACAGCAAAACUCCAGUGGUUGUCCUCUAAGUGCUACACGAACAAAAUAUAGACAAGAAGAGCAGUAUAAAUCUAUCGCCAUGUUAUCUUCUCCGAAACUACUUGAAACACUUUUUUGAAGAUGUGAUGGAUUAUGCAAUGACUGUUAACAAGAUAGGUGUGUCUCCACUGGCUGUCGUCUUUUACACGUUGAGCUAGUGCUUAAUUUGUCUAAUUUUUAGUUCUCUCCACUUUCCAACUCCAUUCAUUUUUCCCAAUUUAGUAUAGGUUCACUGACCUUCUGUCAAAUUUAGGAUAGGUUCACUAAGUUGGGAUUUAAAAAACUGUAAAAAUUUGUCAAAAUUGUUUGGUUUUAACCAGCACAUAGAAUUAGUUCCUCUUGAGUUGUAAAUUUUCGAGAGAGAUAAGAACUAUAUCAAUGUAGCGCAGAAUUUAAAUAACUAUUUAUUUGCCACUAUCUUUAUAUAUAGUGAUCAUGCCUUGUAAUUGCAUAAGUGGUCAUGCCCUUGAUGUUGUUUAAUGGUAAGCUUGGUUGGAAGGUGUAGACUUGUAAAUUAGUCAUUUCAAUAGAAUACUCAUUUAUUCAUUUGCUUUGCAUUUUACGAAUAUACUAAAUAAAUGAUUACUUUUUAAUUACAA